CACAGCGACCCGAAUGGGAGUGCCAAGGCCGAUGACAAACGAGGCAAGCCGAGUAGAUGGAACAAACCGAGCAAACCGAAAUCCACCAGAAGCCCCGCCUCGCGGCAACCCUUUCUCGAAGAGGAUUAGCGCUGUCAUUGGAAGGGCGUGCAGGUGCAGCGUCUUCUGAUCAUUCGGAACCUCGACCCUUUCUCCGGCCCCUCCCUUCCAGCCAUCCGCGGCCCUAUCGUUCGCUCUCGGCCAAUCUUCAAGAAUGACGUUGUCGUUGAUCGGCUAUCCCGAAGUUUUGAUCCAUGUCGCGAACACGAGCGACCCCUCUUCGUUGGACGGCACGAGCCCUCCAAGAUGCUCAACUCCCGAGGAAGGUGGUCAGUGGUCACCAACUGUUCCCCCGAAAAUAAUCCUCGGAUCUGAGUGGUUCCUAGUGGGUUUCUUAGCGUGUUAAUGGCACAUGGCUGGUUGGUGCCGCAGCCUGGGGGUUCAAAAAUUGCUUUGCUGGCUCCACCGUGAUUGAUUAUUCACCCAACCACCGUGGCCUCUCGCCCCUACCCCAGACCAAGGAUACGCCAUCUUCGCAGACCGACUCUUCUCUUCGAAUCUACAGUCGUCCACCCGUGGCCUGAGCCUUACUUGAUUCCCAUAUAUCUCCGAGUGUUACAUUUAUCUUUUCUCUGUGCAACAACUCCUGGAUUCUCCCGUCUGUCCCGGUUCGCCAGGCGCAUAGUCCCAGAUGGAGUACUUUGAUUUUCAAGGUGCCUCGUCGGCUCAUGAAUCAAACCAUCCGAGCGACGAGGUCGCCUCGCUGGAUCUUGAAUUUGAUGAACCCGAAGAGCGGGACGCCAGAUUCAACUCGUUGCUUCAGGACCAGUCAUUGGACUUUCUUGACAACGCUCUCGUGCCGGAGUCGGCCGAACAGUAUGUGGGCGACUUUAUGGGCCCGGAUCAGGACACCGGAGUCUACCCCAUGUUCCGCGCUCAGGAACCCUGUGACUUCUGUCAGCGAAUGGGCCUCGACUGCUUUGUUGCUAAACGUGGAGUGAUGCAGAAUGGUUGUACCUGCUGUAUCUCUCUCUACCGUGAAUGCAGCUUCACCCACGCCAAAGUUCCUGGCAAAUUUCUUCAGACCUUACAUCCUGUGUCAGAGAAUGUCUACAUCCCUACAGGAGGCUUGACGGGGAAAAAAGCACUCAAAUCUGUCUCGUACGGGGCCUUUGGAGACGAUACCGAUGCGCGCUCCCGUAAAAAUAGUGCUCGAUUCUCUCGCAGGGCCAUCGCCAUUCUCAAGGGCUGGUUGCGCGAUCACAACGAAAACCCUUAUCCCAACGAGGAGGAGAAGGAUGAAUUGAAGCAAAAUACGGGUUUAACUCGAACGCAAAUCUCCAAUUGGCUUGCAAACGCUCGACGACGCGGCAAAGUUCGUUCGUCCGUGCCAGGAGCUGUCGACAUUCCCAGCCAGCCGCAGCAUCCCAAAGAUCCAGCUCUCAUGACGCCUCUUGAACGUUGGAAGUACUCUCCUCCUGAAAACGAACCGGCUACUAUAAGUGAUAUUACCCGUGCUUUGGCCAAUCCUCCGUUCGAUCCCUCGCGUCAACGCCGGACCCAUCCUGGUCACGUGAGACCCCGUCGCCCGGGUUCCAGUACCAAUGAGUCAAGCCACGCAAGCUCAGAACAUAAAAGAUAUACUGCCUCAGCCAGUAGUUUGGAUACCAGUCGGUCAUCCCUCUCUGACCUCUCUUUCGCUUCUGCGUUUUCCCAUCGAUCCUCCCUUUCUUUUGGUUCAAUGGAUCGUAAGGAACGUCGUCGCCGCCGCAAACCUUCUGUACCUGCCAAUAUCUUCAAUCAUCAGAAGGCUAAGGCGGUUCGACCUUUCCAAUGUACCUUCUGUACUGAUUCAUUCGUCGCCAAAUAUGACUGGCAACGUCAUGAAAAAUCUAUGCACUUAAUCUUGGACAAGUGGACAUGUUCUCCUUUUGGUGGUGUAACCGAGGAGAACGGUAUACUUCGUUGUGUAUUCUGCUCAGCAGCUAAUCCAGAUAGGGAUCAUCUUGAAACACACAAUUACAUCAGUUGUCAAGAGAAGUCUCUUCAGGAGAGGACCUUUUAUCGGAAGGAUCAUCUGAAUCAACAUCUGCGUCUUAUGCACAAUACCAAGUUCCAACCCUGUAUGGAAAAGUGGCAGAGCAGCAUUACGGAAAUCAAGUCUCGCUGUGGUUUCUGCGGAAUUGUGAUGCAAACUUGGAAAGAACGCGUGGACCACCUUGCCGGUCACUUCAAGAAUGGAGCUAGCAUGGCUCAAUGGCAAGGAGAUUGGGGCUUUGAACCACCGAUCCAGGAGCGUGUUGAAAAUGCCGUCCCGCCAUAUCUCAUUGACUUUGAGUGGAGAUCCCCUAAUCCAUGGACUACUGUUCAAACACAGGGAGACGGCGUCUCACCGCAGCUCCAAGUACCGAAUGACGCCAAUUGCUACAUGCGCCUCUCACGCGAACUCACUUCAUAUGUCCACAGCCAAACUGCCCAAGGGAUCAUCCCAACCGAUCAGAUGCUACAGACUGAGGCGCGUCGAAUUAUCUACGGCAAUGACGACGACCCUUGGAACCAGACAUGUGCAGAUAACCCUCUCUGGCUGACGGUUCUGAAACGGGACACCGGCCUGGAAACUCCUGCAAGUAAUGACGACAUUCAACUUUCCGAUCUUGGGCUGCAGCCUCCUUUCGCAGGUCACGGUGGUCUGCGCGAACCCUCACAAGAAACCAAUCUCUUAGCCAGGACAAUGGGCGCUGGCGCCCUUCCCAGUCCAGCCGUGUCUAGUCCCACAUACCCUCCAACAUGCUUCUCAUCUGCUGUGCCCAGUGGGCAGGCAAGUCUUGCAGGGAGCUACGCCGGAAGCUCGGGGAUGUUAUCAGCUGGCCCGCCAGCUUUCAUAUCUGAUUGGAGCAGCAGUCUACCUGGUCAUGCUUCGUCAUCUUCCGUUCAUGCAGAUGGAGGGCCACCUGAUCCUGAUCCGCUAGUGCAGAUGGGGUUUGAUCCGGAAUUCUUACAACGACUCAGCGACAGUUAUAGCGAGCUUACGCCGCCUGAUAUGGAGAUCGUACCUUUGGACGCACCUCUGGACUACGAAGGCAAGGGAAAGCAGCCGUGGUUGAAUUCAGCAUCGCAGACACCGCCACUUAUGGGUGUUCCGGCUUCGGAUCCUCUUGCGGUCCCCCAUUCUAAGGAAGGCUAUCCUCCUGCGUCAGAUGCUGCCCAAUCUGGGCUACCUGCAUUCCGGGAUGAUCCCGAGAAUUUCUGAUGUUUUUCUUUUGUGACGGAUACCACAUCGAUGCAUGCCAGCUCAAGCUGAGCUGGUAAAAGUUUAAUGCUUCAUUGCGCGGACUAAAUGGAAGACGAGUGGAUUAGUAUGGAAUAUCGAUUUGCUUUUUCUUUUACGAGGAUACUACCCAAUCAAUCAUUGUUUUGCAUUCUAAAAUCGAUAAUAACUUGGUUCAUUAUCCUCGUGGUAGCCGGUCUAGUUCAAAAUUGAGCUAUCACCACACGCCCUGCUGAACACCCUAGAUUCCUCGUUGAGGC